AUGCAUAGUCUUUUUUCGAAUAUUCUUUUAGCGGCCGCGUUCGCAUCCCCUUCAAUCCUCGCUGAACCUUGCAAGAAUUCGCCUCUGGAUGCCUCCUGGCCAUCCGCCGAUGACUGGAUUGCUCUGAACAAUUCUAUCGGGGGAACCCUCAUUCGAUCUGCACCUGCUGCAUCCUCAUGCUAUCCGGGAAAUCCAUUCGGCUCGUCAUUCAAUUGUUCUGCGGUCCAGAGCCACUGGUCGUAUGCGUCGAAUCAUUCCGCUUGGCCAGAAAGUAUCGACUACUCUAUAUGGAACAAUAACUCAUGUGUGCCACCUGGGGUGUCCGGCUACACCGAGGGCAAAGGGUGUAGUAUUGGAGGAAUGUCUCAGUACAUCGUGGACGCUCGAUCAGAAGAUCAUAUUGCAACAGCCAUGGCAUGGGCAUCCGACAGAAACAUUCGAAUUGCCAUCAAAUCCACUGGACAUGACCUGAAUGGCCGAUCAACGGGAGCAUAUUCGCUCUCUAUCUGGACACAUAAUUUCAGCCACGUUCAAUAUCAGCAAGGGUGGCUGAUCCCAGGAAGCAAUGAUACCGCAGAUGUUCUGAUCUGUGGCGGUGGAAACAAUUGGGGCACCGUGUACAUUGCAGCUCAUAACGUUGGCAAAGCUGUGGUGGGAGGAGAAGAUGCAACCGUCGGCCUCGGAGGCUUAAUUCAGAACGGUGGCCACGGACACCUGUCCAGUUCGUAUGGCUUGGCAUCUGACAAUGUAUACCAAGUCACAGUGGUGACUCCCGAUGCGAGAAUCCUCGUUGCGAACGAUGUACAAAAUCAAGAUCUCUUUUGGGCCAUUCGGGGGACCGGUGGAGGUCAAUUCGGCGUCGUCACAGAAUUUGUUCUCCGAACGCACCCCAUUCCGACAAAUGUGGUUGCUGGUGGCCUAACCUUUCAUCCACGAAGCAAUCUUUCUGAGAGCACGAAUGCGUCUUGGUCUGCAUUUGCCGAGGUGGCGUCCUCGCUCCCAGAUCUGAUGGAUCAAGGCGCCACUGGUACCGUCAUGAUGGCCUCCGAAAAGACCGCUCUGAGCUACUUUGGCCUAACGGAACCCCUACCGGGACCAUCAGUGACACUGAAUCUCAUUUUCUACAACUCCACAGUGCAAAAGAUGAAUGAGGCUCUCCAAGGACUCGUGGCAAAUCUUACGCGUGUCAGUUCUAGUCAGGUCAAUGUGACCUUGACAUCACCCAAGGCUCAGAGCUACUGGUCUUACACGAAACCCGACUUCCUAGCUAGUCGUUCUGCAGGUGCCACCAGCCUAACCUCGAGCAGACUACUUGGAAGAAAAGAGUUGUGCGACCUUCCGAGGUCUGAUCUGAUCCAUUAUCUCCAUCAAAUCUCUGCUGCUCAGGUCCCAGAAUCAGGAACCCUACUUGUGUGGGGUCUCCAGGGUGGAAAAGGCCCAGCCAGCACGGCCGAGAUCAGGCGUGGUAGUGUGCAUCCUGCCUGGCGCACAGCCUACACCCAUGUCAUGUCAUAUGGUGGCUCGGUCAAUGCUACUGCUGACCCAAGCAAGGCUUUGGCUGCGGGAGCUGAAUGGUACGAGACUGUCUUGGAGCCAGUCUGGAGGAAGUGGGCUCCUCAUACCGGAUCUUACAUGAAUGAGGGAAACCCAUUCUCUAGCACUUGGAAGCACGACUUUUAUGGCGAAAAUUAUCAGCAACUUCUUCGAGUGAAGCAGAAGUAUGACCCAAGGGAAAGUAUCUUCGUGUGGAGUGGCCUUGGUAGCGACCAUUGGCACUAUGAUCUACAAAGUGGUCUGUUGUGUCGGGACCAUCGCAACUAA